AUGUUGGCUUCUCUUUUAAGAGCAGUGAGACCUGCUCCGAAGUUCGUGAUGAGCGAACCUAAAGGACCAAUAGUAAAAAGUGUAGUCCCAGGACCAGAAAGCUUAGCUUUACUAAAUGAAUAUGAAGGAUUGACGCAAGAUUUCAGGACUGUGAGGUUUUUCGCAGAUUAUCAGAAAAGCAUAGGAAAUUAUGUAGCAGAUGCUGAUGGAAAUAUGCUUCUGGAUGCAUAUACUUUAAAUGCUUCCUUGCCAAUUGGCUACAAUCAUCCUAGCUACUUAUCAUUUCUGGAUAAUGCCAACAUCCGCAAUCAUCUAAUUCACAGAACAGCUUGCGCAGUAACUCCAUCAAGCGAUUGGGCUUUAAAGCUAAAAAACACCUUAUUGCCUCUUGCCCCUGAAGGGCUGACUGAAGUCUUUAUGUCUUGCGGCUGUGGAAUUGGAGCUACAGAAAAUGCGAUGAAGGCAGCUUCGAUUUGGUAUUAUAAAAAUCAAUACGGAGUUGAUUACACUCCUGAACAAAUAAAAUCAACAAUAGAAGGAAAACCUCCUGGAAUUCCUGAUUAUGCAUUUUUAAGCCUUGAAGGCGCUUAUCAUGGGAGAAGCAUAGGAUUACUCUCAGUAUCUUCCUCAUCAGGGCUUGACAAAGUAGAUUUUCCCAGCUUUAAAUGGCCUAAAGCUCCUUUUCCUAAAGAAAAAUACCCAAUUGGAAACCAUUCAGAAAAUAAAGCUCAAGAAUCGCAAGCAUUAGAAGCUACAAGAAAAGUAUUUCAAGCCAGCAAAAUUCCUAUAGUAGGGCUGAUGGUAGAACCUAUACAAAAUGAAGGAACUUAUUACGCUAGUCCUUAUUAUUAUCAGCAACUUCAAGUCAUUGCAAAAGAGUUUAAGGCAGCUCUUAUUGUUGAUGAAACUUACUCAGGCGUUGGGGCAACAGGAAAAAUGUGGGCUCAUCAGCAUUGGGGAAUAAAUCCAGAUAUUCUAGUUUUCUCCAAAAAAGCUCAAGUUGCAGGAUUUUUCUCUAAGCCUGAAUUUAGGCCACCUCACCCUCUUAUGAUGAUGGGUACUUGGUGUGGUGAUCCAUUGCGUCUAUAUCAACUGCAAGGGGUAAUGAAUGUUAUUACUAAUGAUAAUCUAAUUGCAAAUGCUGAAUCAACUGGCGAAUAUCUAUUAAGUGGUCUUAGCAUUAUUCAGGGAAAGCGUGGAAAAAUAGCAAAUAUUAGAGGAGUUGGGCUGCAUUUAGCAUUUGAUAUGCCAGAUAAAAAGAAUGCUUGGGGUUUAUGCAAAAAAUUGUUGGAAAAAGGAGUUCAUGUAGGAGUAGCUAAAGAUAAUGUGAUUCAGCUAAGACCUUCAUUAAUCUUUGGAAGGGAGCAUGCUGAUAUAUUCUUGAAUGCAGUAGAUGCGUCCCUUUAA